AAUGGGUGAUUCUUCAACUACCGAAGCUCCUCCUCUUCAACAAAAUUCACGUGUUUUCACCAAUGAAACACGUCCACCAGCCGUACCCCCUGUAGCAUUCCGUGAAUUCAAGUCCUUCAAUGCUAUGGUUACCGCUAAAAAUCAACCUCAGUAUGAUCUAACCUGGAAAUUUCCCUUCUUGGAUCAAGCUGGUACCAACUGGACUCUAUGGGAACGGACAAUGAUGGACAAAAUCACGUCUAGCCGUCUUCAACCUUACCUACAGUUGAAUAUAUGUGAUGCAACGCGUAAAUUUGACGCGCUCACCUCCGAUAAUCCCACCGAUAUUGACUUGCAUUUCCUUCAUUUGGAGCGAAUGCUAAAACUCAAGGAAUUGAUUCGCGGUGGACUGGAUGAAACUUUUCAAGUCCUUAUCAAUCAGUUGGACAAUCCUCCAGAUAUUUGGAGCCGUCUCAAGCUUCAAUGUGAAGUCAACUCUGAACAUACACGAACCUUGAAUAUCAAGAAGUGGCAGGACUUGAAGAUCUCCGGCUAUGAAAACAUCCAUGAAUAUACCUCUAUUGAACGGAAUCUGGUCGAUACCCUAUCUAAACCGAUGAUGGGAAUGACCGAAUUAGUCACCGAUCAGAUGAGAGUCGACAAAAUGAAACACACCAUGCCCUCAACUCCGGGUGCCAAACGUGUUUUGGAUCACAUAGUAUUCUCCCCGCAGGAUAAAAUCUUUACUCCCGCCGAUAUUCUCAAUUUGAUCACCUGCUUUACCGACCAAUAUGGUAACAAGGAGUUCUUCGGUGAUAAAGCCACCCCAGCCAUCCCGAAAAUCGGUCAAGAGAUGACUCAAUCAGCCGCAAUUACAGCUAAGAAGAGUGGCAAACGUAAAGACAACAAGAAGCCUCCACUACUCGGUGCUAAAGCCGAUACGGCCAAGGUUACCAAGAAGGCUGCUCCUGAGGUCAAGUCUACUAAACACUGUGAUUUGUGUUAUGCAUCUGGCAAAUAUCGCUAUGACAAUCACACUACCAGCGGAUGUGGUAAUCCAUCUGUCAAGUCAAAUCCGACUAAAGACAAUUCUUCUAUAUCCGAUGUGGAUGAAGAAGCUGAUGUUUGCAAGUUUUGCAACAAAGGCAAACACGCACUCCAAAAGUGUUAUAUGCUACAACGUCUCAUUAAUGAGCGUAAUGAAGCUGCCAAGAAAAAUCCACGCACCGCAAUCAAUAAUAUCACAAUUGGUGAUGAUUCGGCUAGUGAUAGAAGCAAACGAAAUCAAGCCAAAGCCAAAGUCCAAUCUCACUUUGAGCAAUUUGGGUUUCCUGCUAAGUUUCUGAAGUCUACUACCGACUUUGAAGAUGACGACUAUCACAUGCACACUUGA